CUGAUUAAACUUUUUCACCCCACCCGCUUCACUUCACCUACCACCACCAAAAAGCCACCAUCCUCCCAUACCAAUCUCAGCCAUGACCAUCAUCUGAAGGUACUUUUCUUCUCCCCCUUCUCAAAUUUCUCUAGCUACCUUGGUCACAAUGUAAAAAGUAUUAUUUUUUUCCUCCAUUAUCUAUUCUCUUACUCUCUCUCAUAGAACCCCCCCUUUGUUACCAUCUUCUGCUACUCCUCAAACCCUUUAGGCAAAUAAAUAACUUCCUUGAAGAAACCCCAAUUAGAAUGUAGUUCAAGGGCCCCUAAGAAACAGCAGAUUGAUCCAGCACUAUGGAUAAUCUCUGGAAAAAAAUCGGACUGUGGUUCAAGAAUGCGAGAUGGAGUUUUUGCCAACUGAUGAAGAAAAGGCUCGUGAAAUUUUUGAGACCAUCAGAUCUCUAGGUUGGGGUUCCUUUGUAAAAAGUCCAGGAGAUUAUGUUAGAGAAAUUGUCCUUGAAUUUUACGUCAACCUCAACAAGCUAGAUAGGACAUCAAAGGUGAAAGCUUGAUGCCGCCUUAUUGUCUUGCAAGUCCACCUGUGAUUGAGGCACAACGGGCAGAAACUUCGGGUACUUCCUCAUCUACAACUUCAACAGAUAUUCUUGAGUAUCUUCAACAGAUAUUACAGGAACAAGAUGCAAUGAGAAAAAAUUGGGAUACCUUUGCAAAUACACAAGCAGUGAUGGGAGCGAAAAUGGAACGUGUUAUGUUAGAGUUGGCAGAUACUAAAAAUGGUCAAAAUUUUAUAAGACAGACUCUAGAAAAUCAUGUUUCUUACACGUCCCCGACUAUGUGCUCAAUGGAGAACUUUCUGUACAAUUUUUCUAAUGUUACCAAGUGCUUUAACGGUUCAAAUUUUCAGCCACAUUCUUUCACAGGUCCGAGCAGCAGUAGUUUUCCUGAUGCAGGUACCAGUUGGUGUAAAAUCCCACAACUCUCAAUCUCAAUGCCGCUGCCACCACUUGAUCCCAUGCCAUUUAGCAAUGAAGCAUUUUUCUCAGAUGUGACAACAAUCAGCGGAAUUGCUACUUCUAGCAUUCCUAUCCAUUUCUUCAAUGAAGGACCAUCCGAUGCUACUCCACACAUGGAGAAAAAUAAUUUUGAUAUGGAUCUUGAAUUCUUUCAUCAUGAUGGAACAAGUAGUAGUGGAUAUUAGUGUUGGGGGAAUUCAUUUGGUACAAUGAACAAUCUAAGUGACGGGGAGUUGGUAAGUAUUCUGCUCUUUCUUUCCAUGGUUCCAAAGAUGUGGCUGAAGUUUUUAUAAAGGUUACUAUAUUUUGUGGAAGGAAAAAAGAAAACUUUUGGUUGCUUUGGAGGCUUCUAACUGGAAGUUUCUUUUUUGGUUGUCUUGGUUAUGUACUUUUGUUGUAGUGACAAGCUAUGGUGAUCUGGGUUGACAAUCUAACAAGAAACAUUUUUUGUUGUAAAUAUCAAUGGCCCAUGAAGGGUAGAACUAAUAUUUUUGUGCUUUUGAAGGAAGAACUUUUGCACUCUUAUAGGUAAGAUUUGGUGAUUGUAAAUA